GCAGGCGCAGUGGCCGGGGCGCGGGGUUGGGGGCGGGUCAGGCCUAGGGAAUGCUUUGGCCCGGGGCUGUGGGUGAGCGUGGGUGAGCCCCUGAGGUGUGGCCCUGCGUUCUGAGGCGGCACUGGCGGCUCCUGGACGCUCCUCCCCAAUUUCUUUCCUUUACCCCGUCUUCCCAGUGUGAUUUUCUGGACUCCAUUCUUUGCAAAGAUUGACUUUCCCUCAGCAUCAAAAAACUCUUCAUCAGAGAUUGGUUCCUGUGUGUCAUAUGGUUUACAAGUCAGUGGGAAUUAAGCACAGCACAUACAAGCUGAAAAGCCAGAUAAGGAAAUGUAUUCCUUCUCUUGACAGUUCUAAUCUAACUUGGCUAAAGCCAGUUUUUAGGUUAACUUGGGCAGAAAAGUGAAGAGAAUGCUGCACUUUAACCGAUGUCCGCAUCUGAAACAAAUAGCCCAGAAAUGUUUUUCUAGAAUACAUGUUAGAACGGAUAAACAUGUGCAGCUGUUUCUUUCAAGAACCUUUGCACUUGCAGAAUUCAGGAAGUCGUGGCACUCAACCCACUCUCUUGUUGGAGACAAAAAUAUUAUCCUGAUGGGACCGCCUGGCGCUGGGAAAACAACAGUAGGCAGAAUAAUAGGUCAGAAACUAGGUUGUUGUGUCAUAGAUGUGGAUGAUGAUAUCCUUGAAAAAACCUGGAAUAUGAGUGUGUCUGAAAAAUUACAGGAUGUUGGUAACGAGCAAUUUUUAGAAGAGGAAGGAAAAGCCGUGUUAAACUUCUCUACAUCUGGAAGUGUGAUUUCCCUUACGGGGUCCAAUCCAAUGCACGAUGCUAGCAUGUGGCAUCUGAAGAAAAAUGGGAUAAUUGUAUACCUGGAUGUACCUCUGAUAGAUAUAGUCAGCCGCUUAAAAUUAAUGAAAAUCGAUAGGAUUGUAGGUCAGGAUGCUGGAACACCUAUGAAAGACUUACUGAAGUUUAGAAGACAAUAUUAUAAGAAGUGGUAUGACACCCGGGUUUUCUGUGAAAGUGGGGCUUCCCCAGAGGAGGUCGCCGACAAAGUGCUCUGUGCAGUCAAACGGUACCAAGAUGUGGACUCAGAAACGUUCGUUUCCACGAGACACAUUUGGCCCAAAGACAAUGAACGGAAGGUUUCAACAAAAUUCUUCAGCGAAGCAGUGAUCGAGGGGUUAGCUUCUGAUGGUGGACUCUUUGUCCCUGAGAAAGAGUUUCCGAAAUUAAGCUGCGGGGAGUGGAAAAGCCUCGUAGGAGCCACCUACAUAGAAAGGGCCCAGAUCCUUCUGGAAAAGUGUAUCCACCCCGCUGACGUACCUGCCGCCAGACUGGGAGAAAUGAUCGAGGCUGCUUAUGGGGAAAACUUCGCCUGCUCAAAAAUUGCCCCCGUCAGGCACCUCUCAGGCAACCAGUUCAUCCUGGAGUUGUUUCACGGACCCACAGGGUCAUUUAAAGAUUUGUCUUUGCAGCUCAUGCCUCAUCUUUUUGCACACUGUAUUCCGCCAAGUUGCAACUAUAUGAUCCUUGUAGCUACUUCCGGAGACACCGGGAGUGCGGUCUUAAACGGUUUUAGCCGUAUUAGUAAGAAUGAUAAGCGAAGAAUAGCUGUGGCCACAUUUUUUCCCGAGAACGGUGUAAGUGACUUUCAGAAAGCACAAAUAAUUGGCAGUCAGAAAGAAAAUGGUUGGGCAGUGGGCGUCAAGUCCAAUUUCGAUUUUUGCCAGACAGCCGUCAAAGGAAUUUUUAGAGAUUCUGAUUUUACUGGCUUUCUUAUUAUGGAAUAUGGAACAGUCUUAAGUUCAGCUAAUUCCAUAAACUGGGGCCGACUGCUUCCCCAAGUAGUUUAUCAUGCUUCUGCAUAUCUUGAUCUUGUUAGCCAAGGAUUUAUUUCCUUUGGAAGCCCGGUCGAUGUCUGUAUUCCCACAGGAAACUUCGGUAACAUUUUAGCAGCAGUGUAUGCCAAAAUGAUGGGAAUCCCUAUUCGCAAAUUUAUUUGUGCCUCUAAUCAGAACCACGUUUUGACUGAUUUUAUAAAAACAGGACACUACGAUCUAAGGGAAAGAAAACUAACACAAACCUUUUCACCAGCAAUCGAUAUUCUUAAAGCUUCAAACCUGGAACGACAUUUGCACUUGAUGGCUGAGAAAGACGGCGAGUUAAUGACAAAAUUAUUUAAUCAGCUCGAAGAGCAGCAUCACUUCCAGAUAGAAAAGAUGCUGAUGGACAGACUGCAGCAGGAUUUUGUCGCUGACUGGUGCUCCGAGGGAGAGUGCCUGGCAGCCAUCCGUUCCACCUACAACACUUCAGGGUAUAUUUUGGACCCACACACUGCUGUUGCAAAAGUGGUUGCAGACAGAACGCAAGACAAAACUUGCCCAGUGAUCGUUUCAUCAACGGCUCAUUACUUGAAGUUUGCACCUGCUAUCAUGCAGGCUUUAAAGAUUAAAGAAAUCAACCAGGCUUCAUCAAGUCAGCUUUAUUUACUGAGUUCCUACAAUGCGUUGCCUCCACCGCAUGAAGCCUUAUUAGGGAGAAUGAAACAGCAAGAGAAGAUGGAGUACCAGGUCUGUGCAGCGGAUGUCAAUGUCCUGAAGAAUCAGGUGGAAAAACUGAUACAAAAUCAAUUUGUAUAACGAUGUUUUGAGUAAAAAAAUUUUUUUUCCUGGUGAUAGGCGUGCAAAAAUAAAUCCCAGACAUUGAUCUGCAGUACAAUAGCAUUUUCAUUUUUCAGUAAAUAUAUCUACAUGUAGAUCCAUUAUCUUUUGGAAUUUCAAGUAACCUGAUCUCUGUAACUGAACAUUGUACCCACACAUGCUCCUUGGAACCUUAUAAUCUAGAAGUCAAAAUGGUGGCAUAGUGCAUGGAUCUUUGUGUUGGGCUGUGUUUUGCCCUCGUGAGGGAUUUAUCAGUUUUCACGUCCUCAUCCCUACUUUGAAAUGGAUCCGAAUGUCUGGUAUUCAACUUGGCGAUUAGAACAUUUAAGCAUAGUUGUUAAGGAAUACAUCUGUAACCACUACUGGCUUUCUGUUGACUAGAAAGAUGAUUUAUCAUUCAAAUGGCUGUCUUGUAUGGAAGAAGAAGCAAGUUCAUCUAAGACAGGGCCAGUGUUUUUACCUCUCUUCCAAGUCCCAUUGUGGACUACAACUAAUUAUACGCGUCCUGCACCAUCCAAAUUAGAUAAGUGCUCUGUUCUUUCCUCCAUCCCCUUUGGAUGGUUGUACUUAGGGUGAUGUAUUUUGAAAAUCAAAACACAUAAUUUAAAUCUAGGAUAUAAUCAUCAACAUAACUACUUAGUGGUGGAUAUAGAAGUAAAAUUAUCUAUUCCAUGAGAAGAGUUUUCCAAAAUUCAGAGUACUUCAAUAGUCUUAUGUAUAUUUAUACUAUAGGUGGCAGUUUUUCUAUAUUAUUUGGAGUCCGUUCCUGUGUAAUUUGUCUGUGGUCUCUCUCUUCGAUGAACAUUGUCUUUUUUGGCAACUGAAGUCACACAAAAUUGAAAACACACAUAUCUAUCUAGCUUUUCUUUCCUUGUAGUAAUACUAAUUUUAACCAUGAUUUACCUUUGUGAAUUUACUGGAUUUUUUUUUCAGAAUUAAAGAUUGUUACUCAGAGGAUUUUUAAUGUAAUGGACUACCCUCAACCACAAGAUGGCAUUCCUAACAUAAUUUGUCUUUGCUGAUAAUAUCCUGCUUCAUUUUCUAGUUCAUGGAGGAACUACCUCCAUGAAGAAACAUACUAAAAGUUGUAAAGAAAAAAUUUUAAUGGUUUAAUGAGCAGAAACAAUUGGUUUAAAAAAUACUAAAAAUCAAACUGAUUUUGUGUUAACAUUGGAUGUGGUUUGGCUUCUCCAGAGUAAGUUCUAAAACCAAAAAUUGAAAACCAGAAGCAGGGACAAGAAAAUCAUGGAGGGUUCAAUUCAGUUCUUCCUGUCUUCUUGGUUUUCUUUUUUUUUUUUCCUUUUGCUUUUAAGAGUAUCUGUUUAAGUAGAUGACAUACUUUAAAAAUGGAACAAUGAACAGCUAAAUGUUUACUGUAAGAGACUGCACUAUUUUUCUGAGAGGGGGAGCACAGUGCUAAAAAAAAAAAAAGUUAUUUCUGUCUCAAGAACUGUAGCUAGGGAAACCACACACACAAAAAUGAAGCCAUGUACAAUACGAAAGAGUUACUGUAAGAUAGUUUAUGAGUAAGUACAAAACGAGUGAUAGUUAAGUUCUGUAAGGAUUAAAAGGGGAAGGAAAAGAUGGCCGUGGAAUAAAACAGGUUUCACAAAGGACGUAGAACCUGAGGUGAAGCCUUGAAGGAUGGGGAGAUUUUCUAGGUGAAAAGAAAGGGAAAACAUGUUUUAGACAGAGGCCAGGGAAUCAUAGAAGGUGAGCCCAAGGGAGCACCUGCAUUUAUCUGUGGUCAGUUGUUACGUCUCACUGCUCCCAACUGUCACUUGAUACCCUCAUUUCCUCUCAAAGCCAGCUCUGCCUUUCCCCUCUCAGCCUCACUGAGGAGGAGCGAGCACCAUAUCUGGUGAACUUCGUUUCCAUCAUCAACUGUGUACAUCUGUGCCCAUUAUCCGUAGCUGUCCCUGUUGCCCUCUGCCUGAAUGAGUUGGGCUGCUCCUCCUUUCACAGGCAGACAAACCUUCACGUGUGCGGUUGCUUCAGCCUCUCCCCUCUGCUGGAACCUUUCUGUCUUUCAGAUGCUCCCUUCAUGUCUUCAACAAGAGCAAAACAAAAUCUCUGAAAACGUUCACAUUUCUUCCCAUCUACUCUUUUAUUCCUUUAUCCUCAAGAUCAGUGCUUUUCAAAGAGUCGUCUAUACCGUCACCAUUGUCGUGCCUCAUUUUCUCCAGUGUGGAAAGUAUGUGUACAGUGUAAGGAGGAGUAAUAAAACAAACACCCGUGUACUCACCACCUUGCUCUAAGAGUAGAACGUUACUCACAUCUCUGAUAGCCACGCGCUCUCCUCUUGAUCACGUGCACUUCUCUCCCCUCCGAGGUAACCACGGUCCUAAAUUUUCAUCAUUCUCCUUUUUGUUUUUGUUUUGUUUUGUUUUGUUUUAAUUUUUAUUUUUUAUAAACAUAUAAUGUAUUUUUAUCCCCAGGGGUACAGGUUUACACAGUUCACAGCACUCACCAUAGCACAUACCCUCCGGGAGACAUUCUCCUUUGUUUUUAUAAUUUUUUUUAUUGCUUAGUUUUGCCUCUUUUUGAAUCUUAUGUAAGUGGAGUCACACCGUAUAUUUUUCCAUGACACUAUAUUUUGCUCAAAACCGUUAAAAUCCAUCCAUGAGGAUGAGUGGAGCCACAGUUCAUUAAUUUAUUAUUAUUAUAUGUAUAUAAUAUUACAGUGUAUGGAUGCUACAGUUAUAAGUUAGUGGACAUCUAGGUUGUCUCAUUUUUAUCUGUUCUUCUAUGUAGUAGGUGUACUGUUUUGUAAAAUUUGUGUUGAAGACUAGUGAAUAUGGACUUUGGAACAUUUGUGCUUCUUUCCGAUGUGUAAAAAUAGGUUUCAUAUCUUGGCGUUAUUAAAAAAAAAACCUGUGCUUUGUCUAUGAAAUGAAAAAAUGUUAGUUAUUAAAUUUCAGGCUAUCAUUAUUUAGCUUUAACUAUCUUUUAGAAAUUACUUGAUAAUGUCAUAAAUAUAGCAAAUUUAAGAUUUUUGAGAAAAAUUAGAUUUUAAAAUUAUAUAUUCAUGGAAAUCCUAAAAUAGGCUUCCAUCAAAGUAAUGGUGGAAAGCAAUAAAUUGUUUUGUAUGACGUUUUUGUUGGAUUGUAAUAACAAUUCACUCUGAAUACCAAUCACUUAUGGCAAAUACUGUUUCAAUCCAUUAAAUAAUUUAUAAACCUUUCAUAAUUCAAACUACUUAAUGUCAGUUUUCUUAAAAAGGCUAUUUUCCUGUGAACCGCAAACCCGUAAAAACAUAAAUAGUACAGUUUUUGUCCCAAUCCAGGAAAUUGAAAUAAAAUCUGCAUAUGAAAUAGGUAA